UGGGCCUAAACUGAGACCUGCUGGUAUGGAACUAGACUAAAAAAAAUGUUGAAAUACAACCGGUAAGUCCAGCCGAUUCACGCUCUCAUUUCAUUAUAGUGUUUCUUUGAUGAUAUUUCGUUUGGGACCUUUGCGUUCUUUGCUGAUGUAAGAUUAUCAUAGUCCUUGUGACGUUUAAUAUUUUCUUUGUUACCUUUCAUCAGGAAUUCCCUGAGAGAUUACCAAAAUCGUGUCAAAAAGGAAUGGAAAGCGAAAGAAUUGCGAAAUCGUGGAUGUAUAUUUUCCAGUUUGAAGAGGAAGAAGAUGUCAUGCAGAAAGCCAUUGCUUUGUCGUUAGCCGUCGACAAGACGAAAGUAGACAGUGUCCCUGCUGUAGAGGCCCCGGCCUGUAAUCUGACUCCAUCGUUCCGACUAAAUGAUGAUGAAAGAUUUGAGGCUUUGCUGGAUGCAUUUGUAAGUUUAAACUUGGUCUUGCCACCUGUCUAUGCUUCUCCAAAGAAAGAACCUAAAACCGCCCAUCCAAGCAUAAGAAACCCAGAUAGGAUACCAUUCGCUUGGAGACCUCCGAAAGCUCCCAAUGGACUGUGGGACUGCAGCAAGGAUUUUGAAGGUAUAAUACAUAGGAUAACGUAACAAUGCUUCAAUCCACCCAUCGACCCGCACAAAAAAUAUUGAGUUAGUAUCUACUGAUGAGACUAGUUGGGCGAGACUUUCCUGGUUCGUAUAAUGUUCACAAUUAAUGUUGCACCCAUCUUAAAGUGCACCUAACCCCAAAAUUUUUUUUCACUAGAACGAAUCUACUUAUUAUUUGAAAU